CGCCGGAGACGAUUCCCCGGCGGCCCCAGCACUUCCGGGACCGCCAUUUUGUCUCCUCCAUUUCUCCACGAGGGGGGGGUUAAAGGGCCCCCCCACCCAAUAUGCAUGUAUGAAAAAGUCGAAAAAAGUUGCUCCUGCCGACGGGGCGUCCGACUCAGGGGAAAAAAGGGGAGCAAACUGGCGGGCGCGGAGGGAGCAGGGUCGGCGGCGCCCCCGACGCAGCGCUUCCUGAAAAUACUUGUUCUUAUGCAUAAAGAUGUCUUUGGUGGACCUGGGGAAGAGGUUGCUAGAAGCAGCAAGAAAAGGACAAGAUGAUGAAGUGAGGACUUUGAUGGCCAAUGGUGCCCCUUUUACUACGGAUUGGCUUGGAACAUCACCUCUCCACCUCGCAGCCCAGUAUGGUCAUUAUUCCACAGCGGAAGUGCUCCUGAGAGCAGGGGUUAGCAGGGAUGCCAGGACUAAGGUAGACAGAACUCCUUUGCAUAUGGCUGCGGCGGACGGACAUGCACAUAUCGUGGAGCUGCUUGUCCGGAAUGGUGCAGAUGUGAAUGCCAAGGACAUGCUGAAAAUGACUGCUUUGCAUUGGGCCACAGAACACCAUCAUCGUGAUGUGGUGGAGCUGCUGAUCAAGUAUGGAGCUGAUGUCCAUGCCUUCAGCAAAUUUGAUAAAUCUGCUUUUGACAUAGCUCUGGAGAAGAACAACCCAGAGAUUCUUGUCAUUCUCCAGGAGGCAAUGCAGCACCAGGGGAAUGCCCCCCCAGCAACCAGCACCGUGACAGUGGCUGCUCCCUUUAUCUUCACAUCUGGAGAAGUCGUCAACCUUGCCAGCCUUGUUUCUUCAGCCAGCACCAAAACCACUACAGGUGAUUCCCAUACGUCCACAGUACAGUUCUCCAAUUCUACCACCUCAGUGCUGGCCACCCUGGCUGCUCUGGCUGAGGCAUCUGCUCCCCUUUCCAACUCCCACCGAGCCACAGGCAGCUCUAAAAAAAGAGAAUGUGGAUUCAUUGAACAUCAGAAAGAAAAGUUGCUAAGUGAUGUGAUCAGUCAGCUGAAUAAUAUCAGGGAAUCCAAUUCAGAAGAGAUCAUGGAGGCAAAUUCUGUUGACUCAGCAAUCCAACAAGUGGUGGGGAGUGGAAGCCAAAGGGUCAUCACCAUAGUAACAGAUGGAGUCCCCCUGGGUAACCUCCAGACUGCAAUUCCCACCGGUGGUAUUGGCCCCCCUUUCAUUGUGACUGUGCAAGAUGGACAGCAAGUUCUAACUGUACCUGCUGGUCAGGUUGCAGAGGAGACCAUUAUUGAAGAGGAAGCAGAAGAGGAAGGAGCAGCUGGAGAGCUGCCAGUGGCCAAGAAACAAAAAAGAGAAGAAGAAACAGAAGGCGUGGAUGAAGCCAAGGAAGAUCCAGAGAGAGAACUGCUACAACAGCAGCUCCAAGAGGCCAACCGCAGGGCCCAGGAAUACCGACAUCAGCUGCUAAAGAAAGAGCAGGAGGCUGAGCAGUAUCGUCUGAAGCUGGAGGCCAUGUCCCAGCAGCAGCCAGACGGAACUGAGAUCACUGUGGUAGAGGAAGUGGCUGAGGUGGAUGCCUUGGUGCUUAGAGAAGAAGAGGUGGGAGGGAGGGGGACAGAAGUGACAGGGUCAGCAGGGACUGUGGAACCGCAUGCUGAUGUUGCCAUGGAAACUGUUGCAUCCUAACAUUCAGACCUCUACCGUAUAUCCCCCUUUUUUUUCUUCCUUUUAAAAAAACAGGAAAAAAAUCCAUAAGAAUAUUGAGAAAUAUCGAGGACAUUAAAAAAAAGAAAAUAACAGUAGGACACAGCCCUGUGGGCUUAGGAGAUUUCUUCAUACAACUGGAAAAUUAAAACAUAAAUUACAGGGGGAUGUCUUCUGGGACCCAAAGAAUGGGGACCAAAUUUCUCAGCUCACAAAAUUUGUUUCAGGCAUAAAGGUUGGGGGGUUUCUGUUUGCUUUUAUAAAUAGAUCCCUAAUUUUAAAUCCCCAGAGUUUUAUAUUUGUUUUGAUAACUCCCCCUACAUACCCAGGCUCCUUAAUCAUAUUACCAGCACAUGACCUGAAAUUUGCCUUGGACUUACCCUGUGUGCCUGCCUGCUAGAUGAGAUUUGGAGAAGAAAAGGGAAUACCCUGUAUUCAGAAUAACUUGUUGAUCUCAGCUGCCCUGAUUUGCCUGCAUUGAAGACAACUGUUAAGCAGUUACCUGACAAAACUGGAAGCUGUUUUAUGUCACAGCAGAGGUGCCAGUUUAAGAAAUUAAAGUCUUUGACAGCCAGGAUUGCCAGGACUUAACCCAGAGUGGCCCCAGUGAUACAGGAGCCUGGGAAGCCUGGCAGGGCUCACUCGUGGGGGGGGGGUGUAAGCGCAGCAGGGGAUGGGAGGCCUUGUGGAGAGUCCACGCGGGGCUAUGGAUUCAGGGAACAGCCUUUUUGUACUUGAUAUUCAGACCUGAAGCCCCAGUUUUCUAAGCACAUUCUUGACCUACCUGUGCCUUUCCCUGGUGUUUAGAUUCAACCCCUCACAGAUGCAAACUGUCAGGGCUGAGAGUGUCUCAUUGUUCUGUGUUCAUCUAGAUUGGGAUGAGUAAAUUUGCCUAAUUAUUUCUCUCCCUUCACAUCUGCCUUCACGCCAGCACUUAGUAAAGUGAGUAUUCUGCCUUCAGUGAAUGUUAAUGCAUGUUGAGUGACUAAAUCAGAAUUAUCAGUGUUGUAAGAUGAGGAGGAUCCAAAGGCUUUACCAAGGACUAUGUAGAAAACAAAACAAAAAACACAUGCCAUUGGAAAAGUGUUUUCUUCCUUCAUUUUUCACAUGUGCCAGUGUAGUUUGUUUUCCAGGAAAAAAAGGUUAUAAAGGAGCAAGGGAGAAGGGGAAUGCAAGGGUGGGUUACGGUUAUAUUUCAGAGAGGAGCCCCCUCCCCUCUCGCCUUGUUGCCUUUCUUCUUUUGUUGCAAAGCAGAGGAAGAAACCCAGGGAGAGAUGAGCCAAGUAAACACUCAAAUGACUGUUUAGAAUAUGGUUGUCUUAAUUAGUGAUCGUGGGGAAAACAUGCAUUUUUAAUUUGGAAAAAAACUUGACAGUUAACGUGGCUCCAUUUACCUUGAUUAACCAAGCAAUUUGAUGCAGUUUUCCAGAGUUUCAGAAUCAAUUUGGGCUUAGAACAGAUUGAAAACAGAACUGAAAAAACAGAUUUAACAAUUGGAUUUGGCUCUAGUGCUGUAUAUUUGUUUAAUCAGUUUUGGAAGUUGGUCUCAGCUUGUGGCUCCCUCAGCCAGGCCUCCCCGAGCCUUCAUGGAGCAGGGUGGCUCUCCGAGGCUUCCCCCCGGCCUGGGAAGGGGAACUGGCUCUACAUUCUCUUGAUUCCACUUGGUGUGUUUUUGUUUGUUCGUUUUUAGCUUCCCUUUGGGGAACCAGGGGUUAGUUAUGUGUAUGUGUGUACACGCAUGCGUGUAUGUGUGUGUGUGUAUCUGUCUGUCCAUCCGUCUGUGUGUUUGUGUGUGUCUGCUCCCCCAUUUGCAAGAGAGAGAUUUUGUAGUCUUAGAUUUAAACAAGGCAAAGGGGGAAAGCUGAACAAAAUCUUUUUCAGGGGACUUUUGUUUUAUAUUCUCUCUUCAUGUAUUGACUUGAAUGCAUUUUUUUAAAUCCAUAGAAGCUCUUUAGGCCAAAGAACCUUGGCCACCAGGCAUGAUGUGGGUGAUGCAGGUUUGUCCUCCUACCCUUUCUUUGUCUGGCAUUUGCAUGUUUCCUUCUGUACACCCAGAACUCCCUCUUCCUCCCCGCCAUUGAUUGGCGCAUCUGAUACAAGUUACUCUUGACUUCUUUCCCCGAACCUCUUCUUUUCUGCCCAUUUCUUUUUCUUUUUUUUUCUUAAUUAAAAACUGUGGGGGCCUACCAUAAGGUCUUUAAAAGAAAGGUCAUUUGACAAUUCUACCCAUGAAACAGGUCCCCGUAGCCAGGAAACAAUCUUGGGCUGGCUGGGCCUUCUUCCAAAGAUCCUCAGAAACAGGCAUGUCAGGGAAUCCUAAGAGAUUGCCAUUGAAAGCGGUUAGGUACAGAGGCUUUCCAGUUUCAUUGUAUUGGUGAAGUGCCUCUAAGUAGCUCGGGGUUUCUGUCGUUGACUCCAGUUUGAUGGGAACUUGGCUCGUUGGCUCUUGUGGGGUUUGAGGCCGUGGGGAAUGCUGUUGUUGGGACGUUUGUGACGUCCUGGGUUAGGGAGGGACCUCCAGGAUCCCCAGUGUCUCUGAUUGGGUUGAUGUCUUCUUCACAUUCAUAGUGCGUGGGAUCUGUUUGACUUCCUGAAAUAUCUGUUAACUGGGGUGGGGGAGGAGGUUUACCUAAAAUACUCAUCAAGAUAGUCUGGACUCAGGGGGGUGCCUUCUUCCUCAUUGCCUGUUGCCUGAGGGGUGGAUUGACUUUCUAGAGAUAUAGGAGCGAAAAAAUGAACAUCUGUGGAUGGUAGUGUGAUGGAAGUCACUGGGAUAUCAAAUGGCUACUUGAAGGCUUUAUCAAUUGGAGUUCGUGUUUGGGAUGGGUUAUGUUAUCUCCAAGUAAGUUGGUGUAUUGUUGGGGCAAGGAUGGACUUUUCUCUCGUUCUCCUGUUAAUCUUGGGGCUAAUGGUAGUUUGAGCUUCUCAAGCAAUUCUUGCUUAGUCUUCAGCACUUCCUUUUGCUGAUGUAUACUAAUUGCAUUUUUCUACUGAUGAAACUCUGCAAGGAGUUCUUCUUCCUUUUCUAACGCAAGGCUCUUAACUUCCAGUAUUUCUCGAUGUUGGCUUAGCUUGGUUUCAGCCUCAUGGGCUGACUCCCAGAGGGCCAGAUACCUCUCAUCAAAAUUCACCCUGAUGAGUGUCCUUCCAUGGGCAGAAGCAGCAACACCCAUUACACUGGUGGAAUGGGAAAUGAUAGGUACAACUUGUGUUCCAUCUGAUUGACCAUGGCAAGAUUCAGGAGUCGAGCACAGGGGGCAUAGAGUCCAUGUUUUGAUAUCUCCUUCACUGCCCAUCAAAAAGCUAUCAAGUUCACUUUGGAGACUCCUCCCUCAGGCUAGACAGGUUCAACUCCUUAUUUUGUUUGAUGUAGGAUGUGAUCCAGAAUUGUUUUUACAAUCAGCAACCCAGCAAAAUGUAGUUGGGCAACUGAUGUUGCAGUCAUUGAGUCUGAUGUGUCGUCCAGCGUGUUGAUGGAGUCCUUGGUGUGUAAUGACAGACUUGAGGAGGAAACCUUAACUCAUCGUUGUAAGAAUGAUCUUGUGGAGACCCAAGUUUGCGGAAAUUCUGCAAGGCCUUGUUCAGAAUGAACCCUGAUUUGGUGUUGGACUUUUUCUAUGCAGGCUCGUUCCCCCCCAACCAGUUUAGGGAGGAAGAGGCUACAAAAUGAGAUGAAGAGACCAAUUCUUCCUCUGUUUAAUUCCUCGUGUGGGACUCCUUGAAUGGCUUGUUGUAGUGGAGGGUUUUGAUUGUUGGCAGCCAGGAACCUUCACAAGCCAGCAGUGUCAUCCCCACCAAAUUGAUGGCCUUCAUGUCCACACUUUGAUAGAUACUGGGCCACUGGGCUUUCUAGGUACUUUUUGAUAUCACCUUCAUAAUAACAAAAAAUUAGUAAGGUCAAUAAACUGAUCUAGAUGGUCUCCUAAGUCGAUGCCUGCUUCUAUAACGUCGGUGACCCUGCAGCAUAGAGGGUCAAUGUCUUGGGUGUCAUGAAAAAUCAGCUUCCUUGCCCUAGCAUAUUCAACCCAACCUCAAAUCAGUCAUGUAGUGAAUCCAUAAUUGUAGGCUUGAUUAUAAUGUAGAUUUUGAUGCUUGUUAAAAGUUUUGUAAUGAAAUUGGUUUGGAUUUUACUCUUCCUUCUCUUUUGAAUUUUACCUUUACACCCUAUAUAUCAAUUCCCAUUUCAGUUCCUGAAGUACCCGAUUUAACUCUUCCUCUUCCUUCCCUCUGCCCAUUUCUUGAAUGUCCGUAUUCCUGACAGAUCAUGGAGGUAGGUGGUAGGGGUAUUUUGGGUGGUUACAAGGAUAUAUUAAAGGCUUGUUGGUGGAAAAGAGUGAACCAGCACACCCUGUCAUUUUCAUUCCUUUGGAAUAGAGAGUUUAAUACUCAGGAGAAGGGAGGUAGGAGCUUGGUCUUUGGUUAUAUGACAGUGUUUCAAAUCAGUGUGGCUUGAGAGGUUGUUUGAUGUUAAAUGAUAGUAAUUCCCAUGUGUAUCUUCUUAGGAUUUGCUUGGGUAGGUAAUUGCCCCAGCUCUGGGGAACCACACAGCAGCUCUUCCUUACCUGAUUUGGCUUUAGAAGGUCGAAGCAGGCUUAUUGGCUGUUCUGCCAACAGAGGGUUAGAUAGCAGCUUCUGUUCCCCAGGUAGAUGGUUAGAGUUGGUACUGAUGAGAAGGAAAUUUGGGGCCCCAGGGGUUGUCUCUCUUAAAAUAAAAGCUGCUUCAGAUAUGUCAGUAUUACUGUCAGGAACUCCCAUGUGGACAUUUGCAUUUUAGUCUAAGGGUGAUUUGUCUUGUCCUUUCCUCAAAAAGGAAGAAGUGGGAAUUCCUUCCUUCUCAACUUUAGGGAAAUUGAGGUAUGAAUUUGUAGCCCCUUCCCAUCACUGCCCCUGUGGGGACUUCACUGUUGCAAGAACUGGUUUCAAGAGACACGUGCACAUAAUACAUAGAAACACACACACACACACACAUCUGUUUGUUUUCAUGUCUCACUUCCCCCACCCCCCACUGACCAUAGCUUUAAAAAAUACUUCCUCUCUAUUCAGCAGUGCCAGGAAUCUGUGACAUAUAAAAUGACUUGUUUCCUUUAUUUUGCUUUAAAAGAACUGAAUUCUUCAUAGGGCUGUCCCUUUAGGGAGUAGAAUUAUUGUGACUCACAUGUUUUAUUGGUGCCUUGUGUUUACAUACAUGCGUACAUGUGUGUGUGUGUAUACACAUGCAGGAAUGCAUGUAUAUAUAAGCAUCGACAUGUACCUUUUCCACAUUUUCUCUUCUUUUCCUCAGGGUUCAACUCUGAGGAAACACUGUGUAGAAUGAAAAAGUGUUAAGGGAUCUGUAAGAUGUAUUUUUUUCUCCUUAGAUUAUUGCAAAGGAGGGAGGGAGAGAACAGAGACUCUUCAUUCCUUGGUUUGGGUUCCUUUGUGAAGAGUGCCCUUUGGGCAGCUGUGAGGAAGGCUGUGAAGCGAGUAUCCAGGAUGAGCUGGUACAAGGCUUCUAAAGGCUUUGCUUGGCACGUGGUAUGACUGGUGCUGUGGGUGCUGGAUGUUUUACAGUGGCAUCAAACAUUGCAGGUGGAGCUCCGUAAUUCAAUAGGAUGGACUAAGCAUCUCCUUUCACUAUAACUAUUAUCCAGCCUGGGCUUUUGACUCUCCGAAGUAGAGCCAGAAAAGGGGGAACUGACUUUCUGUGCCUCUCCUUCCCCAAUCUUGUGACCACAUUGGGAGUUCCUGUCACCAUUCCCCCAGUCUUCAUAAAAAGUCAAAUGAUGCUGGGACAGAGUUAAUUCUCCCCAAAAAAUGCAGUCUAAAUGAAAAUAUUCCUUUUGUAAUUUCUUUGGGCAUCGUCUUAUGCUUUAUUUUCUAGCUAUGCACACCCAACCUUGAAAGGAUGGAGGCAGAAAUUAGGGUGGGGUGACUGUGGCGAAUGCUGUUGAUGCUGCUGUCUGUCACACAGGAUGGCUAGAAGCCCCAGAUUCCUAUUCAUUUGAUGAAUUCUCUGAAAACACACCUUACGUUCUGCCCAGGGACUACCAGGAAGAGAGGCCAUGAGUAGCUUUGAAUCCCAGGUGCUGUCUUUUCUGAGCCUCACAGGGCUGAAAGGGAUGGAGGUGCCGGUGAUAUUUCUAGACCGUGUAAUUAGUAGUCAUGUUAUCAUCAGGAAAUUAUGACCCCAAAUCUCCACCUUACAUCCCCUGCCUCUCUGACCCCAUUGCACUUAUCACAAUGAGGUUUUUCCACACAGGGGGAACAUAAUUACUUGAUCAUUUCCAUUCUCUGUGUUUGAGUUCCUGUCUCUCUCUGUCCUUCCCCCUCGAGGCCCCUGUCCCCAUCCCUUCCACCCUGGACACGUUCUGGGAGGUGUUUUUGAGAAUUAAUGUAGGUUGUGACCUACAGCCAUGCUGCCCUCUCUGCUUCAGGGAUCUUGCUUUGUUACCAACAAUGACAGAAUUUCCCUCCCUUAGCUUUGCCUUUUUCACCAGCCUUCUAUUCCAGUGUUCCUCUCCCUCCUCAAACCACUCAGCACAAACCAUUUCUCCAAGUGCCCUCAAUUUUUCAAGUUGUCUGACAGUUUUAUAUACAAGACACUUAGGAAAACCUAAAUAUUUUCCUUUUUCUGUUUAGGAUGUCAUUGAAAUAGUGUUUGAUUCUGAUGAGUGUGUAUGUAUACAUAUACAGAUAUAUAUAUAUAUAUAUAUAUAUAUAUU